UUUGGGCAUUCGUGACCAAAAUGUUUUGUUGUUGAUUAGGAAAAAAAAAGAAGAGUAAACCUAGAGAAGUCUUCAGUUUUUAAAUUUCGAUAACUUUUAGCUCGUGUUGCAUAGCCAAAACAUCGUCAAUAUCGAAUCCUCCAAAGAUCGAAGGAUAAAUCGGAAUGUAACCGCAGGAUCUGAUGGGAGUAGGACAACCGCGAAGAAAGGCAAAAGGACGAGAUGAGGUCUUCUCCGAUGGACGGAAUCGCAGAGUCUCGUAUCCCUACCUCGAACGUCGGGCGAGAGCAGGUGGGCUCUCGACGAUCUGCUCGAGAGCGGCGAGAGAGUCCCGGUCUGCCGCCUCCUGCGCUCGCACCGGUGGCACGCACCGGCCUCCGCGAGAGAGACUCGCGCGAGUUCGUUGGCCGACCGUCACCCGCGCGCCCGUUUUCCCGAUCGCGCUCUCGCGUUGCUGUUCUCCAUCUGGGCGGACACCAGAGUCUGGAAGUCGGAUCGGAAAAGGGCACCCGGACCUGAACGGCGUGGGUGCGGUGCAACUCGCCGUUUCGUUCCCUUCCUCUCCCGGAGAGCAGAACUCGCGCGGGCAUCGCGGGUUCCAGUCGAGAAAUCGACCCGCGUCACCCAGCCUGCCGGCAGGUGCUAACUCGCGCGUGACUCCGGUGUUAGCUCGGAGUCAUAGUCGCGCGCCCGUUCGCGCUAACCGGACGUGUUCGCCGAGCUGGGAGAGUCAGCGGAAAACAGCAUCGCGUGAUGGUAGAAAUUUCGAGGACUCUGGGAAAUUCUAUCGAUUCAACAUUUUGAGCUAUUGAAAAUAAUCGGAAGAUUAUAUCUGAAAUUGAACAUCUUUUGCGUGGAGCGGUCUUAACGUUUGAACCUGCGGGAGAUCCCGUUUUCUAGAGUGCAAAGAUAGUCAGAAGUGGCCGUAAACACCUAGGAAAGUUUUGGAUAGUCUUCGAAGGAAUCAGUUCUAAUGCUUGUGACACUUCGGAGGAUCCUGGAUAUUCGUCGACGAGAGGGCAACCAUAUAUGCUUGAAAAAAAUUAGACACCUAGGCAAAUCAGUUUCGAGGUCUGAAUCAACUGAAACUUUCGUUUAAAAUUUGAGGAAGGUCAAGAGUGGCUGGCAGAAAGAUUUAUGACGGCGAUUUUGAAGAAUCUGCGACUUGUCUGGAGUACGAGGUAGAUCAGCCGUUCGACUGACGCGGAGCGGAAGUACCGUUGUCUCUGGUCGCUCUGGGGGACUCGCGGAUGAACGGCCUUGACGGCGCAAGCCUCGGCGUGAGUCUCGGUCUGAUCCGAACUAGGACAGCCAAGCGUGCGUCCCAAUAGAUGGACGGGAGGAUCGAGCGAAAUCUUCGUCUUCUUCUGGAACGGGGAAGACUCCUCUGAAACGGCGAGAGGGCGCGACCUGAGGCUUUUGAUUUUACGGCGGCAGCGGCAAAAUCCGGUUUUGCAUGGGUGUAUAUCAGGAGACCGGCAAGCCUCCUCCUCCUAAUGUCACCCCGAAGAUGGCCAGGGAUCGUGCCGGGUCGGACUACUCAGGCCACAUGAGUGACACCACCACGUGCAGCUGCGUUGCGAGCUCCAUCGACAAGUGCUCGUUACGCGGCUGCGGCAUGUUCCAAGAGCCGUUCUUCCUGCAUCCGCCGGGCUCUCGGCCGCGGGAUGGUAUCUACAUAAAUCCCAUGAGUGCGUACAUCGGCGAUUCGCCGAAACCCAAAGACGCGGCCGAGUCCUUCUACCUGCACAGUCCGCACGAUCUCGUCUACACCAGGAUCACACGGCUGUUCGGCAGCGACGCCGAGAAGCCGCGGAACGGCGUCGCGGCGGAGCAGCGCCAUGUGCCGGAGAGGAAAGACGAGACUCUGACUGUGAAAGUGGACGUGCACAUCAACAACGGCGGAUUCGUCGGCCGGCCGCAUCCGGGCAACGGACAUGCGGCGCGCUCCGAGAUCGCGAGGGAGUCCUCGGAUCAUGCUUACGAGCAGAUCUGCGUGAGGCAGGAGGAAACGAGCAGCGUGAGCUCGUCAUCGCGUAAAAAGCCGGCGGACAAUACCUCCGACAGCAGUCGUUCUCAAAAACCUGACAGGCGAUACAGUCGAUCCAGCAGUGCCAGCGAAUCCUCGAACAUGAGCAGCGAGGUCCACGGCCUCUCCUCGACGACGUCCACUCCGUCCUUAUCGCGACACAGCAGCAACGAACGGAUCGGCAAGUCGGGGACUAAGACAAACGCGGAAACGCUACACGAGAGGAAGGACUCGUCCGGCGUACAGGUGGAAAGUGAAAAGGAAAUCCGUGCAAAUGGCAACGGCGGACCUAGUCUUUCGAAACCACCGCCACCGCCACCGCCGCCACCGCCGGACGACGACGUGGUGGUCGUCCUGGUGAACCCGAAGCCAAACGCAGACGCAGGCGCCGACAAGAAAGAUGCGCGAGGAAGCGGCCAGGACGGAAGGAUCGAGUCCUUCGCGACCAACAAGUCCGACGCAUCAUCCUCCGGCGAGCAUCCGCAACAGCCGGAAGUGCCGGCUCCCGCCAGUGCGCCGGUGGACGCGGACGAAAUUAAAGCGAGUCAGGCGUCCCACCUGGUAAACAGGCACAUGGUGCUGCCGUUCAUACCGCCAAAGUUCGCCAAUGCGGACUCCAACACUCUGCUCAAGCCGUCCGAAUACCUGAAGAGUAUCUGCAAGGUGUCGGCUAAAAACAGCCUCUCGAAGGCGAGGUCAGUGGACAACUUGGACAUCCAGAGCCGGAAUACGGAGCAGGGUGAAGAGGAGGAGGAAGAGGAGGAGGAGGCGGAAGACGACGAAGAGGGGGCGCGAAGGAGAACCAACGAGGAGACCAAGGGAUCUCCUACGGGCCCCCCGCCACCGCCCCUGUCACCCUUGCAGCAACGAGCGCGAAAUCAGGCCGCGGGUAUCGGCACCGCCACUGGCACCGGCACCGGCAACGAGACCGAAAGCUCCAAGAACUCCCCGAUGCAGCCCUUAGCCACCAUCAGCAUCCAGGAUCUCACGAGUAUCCAGCUACGACGGACUAGCACGAAGAUGAACGCCACCAAGACGUUCUCCGCUCCGCCUCCCCGCAGCGUGUCCAUGACUAACGUCUCGGAGCCGUUCUUCGUGCAAAAGACAGAUCUAAUCGCCGAACUGAAGCGCACCAAGGAUAUACCCGGUAUCAAAAAGCUGAAGGUGGAGAGGGCGCAGGUCGAGAAGACUCAGGAGCAGAACCUCAUGUCGGAAAUUAGCAAGGCGUUCAACGUCACAAACUUCGUUGAUCAAAUCCCCGAGAAGGAUAGCUCGGGAAACGUAAUACCAAUCUGGAAGCGGCAGAUGUUGGCGCGAAAAGCCGCCGAACGAGCGAAGAAAGAGCUCGAAGAGCAAAUAGCGCGAGAGAACGAGGAGAGGCGGCAGAAGGCGAUUCCGCCGUGGAAGCGACAGCUUCUCGCCAAGAAGGACAACGAGGAAAAGAGACUGAAUCAGACGCAGGUAUCCGCGUCGACGAGCACAUCGACGUCGAAAUUCGAGGCAACGUCGGCAAAUCCGAAGAGGGACGUCUCGCCGGCGACUGUGUGCGUCAUCAAGAAGGAAGAAAAACCCGAGGUCGAUGAGAAACGGGACGAUCCUGCCAAGGACGACUCCGACGAUGGUCAGAUUAUACCUUGGCGGGCGCAAUUAAGGAAGACCAACAGCAAGCUUAAUAUCCUCGAUUAACUAUCGCGAACGCUUUAUGUGUUAUUUAUAUAAGAGAUGCGUGAUGUAGGUCGCGUUAAACGUGCUGAUUAAUGUACCAUGAAAG